CAAUCAGAUGUUUUCAGUGCCCUGGACAUCGGGCACGAUUUUUUACGUUGAUUUGUGUUUUCCGCAGGUUUUUCGCGAGUGAAUAACGCACAAAUGGUGCAAUCAAUUAGUGACCCUUCCGUAUGAAUUGUGUUUUUCUGAGAUAACUGCUGGGAAAGAGCCCAACAGCUUGGAAAGUGCAGGAUUGUGCGCAGCACGCGAGGCGUUGCCGGACAGUCGCAGAUAUUCGGAUUGGUGCUUUUCUUUGUGAUUCCAAGAGUUUUCUCCAGUUUUAUGUGAUGUAAAAUUAGCCUGCGCUUUCUCCUAAUAUUGGUUUUCCUCUGGAAACUGCGGAAAACUCGGUUAAGUCGGAAAUCUAUCGCGUGACAAAGUGGUUACCAGACCAACGGCAGGCCGCACGAGUCCAUCUCUAGUUUGUUUUCAUUCGGGAUUUGGGAAAAAAGCUCUUGCAACAGAGAUUGAUUUCGUAAAUUAAAUCUGGACAGCGUGCGCUCCCAAGACCGCAAAUCUUGACGAGAUGGCGGGGCACGCGGAGCUCAAGGAGCUGGGCAUGUUUGAGCUGCGGCCCCUGAUCACCAAUCUCAGCUGCAAGCUUUCAGCGGUGACGGCGGGCCUGGAUGAGAAGCAGUUCCUGUGCCUGGUGAGCGAGGAAAACGAGAUCCUGCUGCGGUAUAUUAGCGCAUCCGGCCAGGAAGUGGUUAAAAUGAUUUCCUGGUUCCGCAACCGAGUCAUUCACGAUGUCUGCUUCGACCCAGCGGGCAUCUGGCUGCUGGUGCUAUGUUUCGACAACACCCUGCAUAUCGUGCCCGCUUUGGCGCUGGUGGACAAAACGCACGUCCUGGCCGCCUGCUCUCUGUACAGUACAAGCCAGGUGACGUCCUACAUCAUCCCCUUUGUGGGUCCUCACGAAUGCCCCAACUCGAAAAAGUGUCCCAAUCACUCAUCGGGUCUUGACGAUCCAAUAGUUCCCGAGCCGGUAGAGCAACUAGCCGGCAAUUUGGAAACUCUCAGACUGGAGGCAGAGGAACCCCUGGGCCACGACCUGCCCGAGCACAUGCUGGUGCGGAACAGUGAUCAGGCGGACGCUUCUGCGAGUCAGCAGCCGCCACAAGAGCAACAGCCACCGCUCGUACAGCCUUUCGAUGGCACCGGCAACAGCCAGGUGAUGGCCACCUCCUUCAUGGCGUCCAAGACUUGCCCCUAUCCACUGUCCGUGGUCUGGUGGAAGACGAACACCGGCCUGAAUCGGGCCAUUAUUGGCUACUCGGACGGUUCCAUUUGCUUCGUGGGCCUGAGUCCCAACUGCCCAAUGAUAGCAAGCACCGCCAUCGAAAACGGAUCUGUGAUGCGUCUCGUUAUCUGCAAGGAUAAGGCCUACGACGGCGUCAUGCUGCUGAUCACUUCUUCGCUGAAGCAGCAGUACAAGCUCCUGUUGGAGCAAAAGGCUAUUAUGUACGUGUACCCCGGAGAUAGCUCACCCACGACACGCGAGGGGGCCUGGCAGAUAGUGAUGUCUGUGCAAAACAAACAGCAGAGCACUGCCACUGGUCCCAGGAUAAGCAAUAGCUCGGAUCCAGCCUCGGACAGCAGCCAGCUUGAAGAGGAUGUCUUUGUGCCGCCGACCACUGAAGACGCAGCUUCAGACGUGGCUGCCGAAACUGGAGCAGCUGCUGAGGGGCCACCACCACCACCCCCACCGGCGCCACCGUCGUACAGCGAGGCAGUAGCCCGGCAAUCUGGAGAGCAGCAGGGAGGCGUGCGCUUCCAGCAGCAACAACUGCCAGUGGGCGGCACCAACGAUGGCAUUCUGCCGGCCACGAGAGCCCGCCUAGCCUCGCUCAAGAGUCUGGGAUCCAAGAAGCUGCAGGCCAUCAAGAUGCGGCUCUCGGACCAGCGGCAAAAGUUCGAUGAAUUUAUGCCCGACUCUGGGGGCUCCUUUGCUAUCAUGGACUCGCCCUCGGUCACGCCAGAGCCGCUGGGCACCACCACCGGAUCCUUUUACACCAUCCAAAAUCUCCGCAGCACCUUUCUGCUGAGCGCCCUGCACAGCAACAGCCACAGUUUGACCGUGCACAGCAUCGACAUCAGUCUGAAGCCACUGUUCGUGUACAAGAUACCCAAGCACACCCAGGAAAUACUCAUUAGCUCCAACAUACUCUAUGGCAUACACUACGUGGACCUUCACAGUCGCAGCGACUCGGCCAUUUCUACAGCGGCCUCGUCGCUGGCGGAGCCGCUGGUGGCCAACACGGACAAGGAGAAUCGGGAUGCGGACACAGAGAAGCUGGAUCAGGCGGAGGCGCCAGAGGUUAGUGGCCAGAAGAGCGACACAACCAGUGCAACGACCACGGCCACCUCAAGUCUGGACCAGAGCGAAAUGCCCAGUAAUGCGAUCAAUGCCGUCAGCGUCAUAAGCAGUGCCAUGGCCUCGCUGCACACCUCCGACGAAGAUCGCUUCAAUAAUCUGGCCCAGAUAGGGCUCUUUCGGUUCGAAAACGAAACCGUGCUGCAUCUGUAUCAGAUGGCACAAUAUCGCAGUUCCGCCGGCCACCCAGAGGCCCUGACAAAAGAGGAGAAGGCCAAGGCUUUCGAAAUCAAGGAUAUCCACACUCCUAUGGACUACAUCCAGUUUUACGAGACCGCCGACGUGAGUAGCGAGUUUUCGCUGCGGCAAAUGGAGAUAAUGCAGUCCGAGUUCCCCAAGAUCAACUACGAUCCCAGCUAUGUGAUUACCAAUAAAAAUGUAUAUACCAUACAGCUGAGAAAGGAGCCCUUCGAGCUGUUUCUUGAUGCCGCCCUGCAGAAUGAGUUUAACCAGUGCCGCGACUUUUGCAACACCUUCGAUCUCUCUUUCGAGCAGUGCAUCGAGUUUGCCGGCGACUAUCUGCUGAGGCGAAAGAAGAUCACCCAGGCGCUGCUCACGUACAACGUGGCGCGGGUGAAACCAAUACGCACAGCCCUCAAACUGGCCAUGUACGGACACACCUACGCUUUAAUGCAGCUGAGUGCCAUGGCCUUAAAGUCCACAUAUCUGCUGCGAUCGCGGCACUUGGGUCACCCGCUGCUCAAGGGCAUACUGGAGGACAUCACCUACCGGCACUCGGAGGAUGUGCGUGUGAUCUUGCCCGAGAAGUUGCUGCAAGAGGAUGUUAUCAGCGGCGCCGUCUGUAGCGAUUAUCACUAUGGUGUGGACGAGUCAAUUAGCGCUUUGCAAAUGUCACCCUCUUCGCAGUUCCAUUUGGCCAACCUGUUGCUCAUCACAAUGGCCGAGAAGGCAGUCAACGACAAGAACUACAUACCGCUGUGGAACUUCCUGGUCACCAAUAGCAAAUACCACACCAACAUGACAAGCAUUGUUCUAUGCCAAAGUGGACUCUUCUCCUCUGCCAUUAUACUGGCCAAGGUGCGGGGCGUGUGCCUGGAUACCUUCAAUGCCCUGAUCAGUGUGGUGGCCCAGGAGUUUGGCUGGUACAACGAGCUCAACGUGUGCCUGUAUAAUCUGAGCGAAAAUAUAUUUAUGGAGUCGAUAACCUACCUGCCGCACGUGUCCAUGGAUUACUUUGCCUUCAUCCAGGAUAAGCUGGAUCACAUAAGGCCUUGUGUCUUGCAGCGCCUGUCCAAGCAGCUGAAUCCCUUUGCUCCUGCUCUGAGGCCCAUUGUGUCCCACAAUAGCGACUGCGCCAUGGCCAACGAUAAUAACCAGCAACUGUUUGAGUUUGGCAAGAGUCUCAUCGAAACCUAUUUGGCCGUGCUUAUCCACAUGGAAUCGCAGCGCGUCAAGCAUGAUUUAAUUGUGAAUGCUCUAUCGCAUUUCCGCAUUAACUACGAAGACAAUCAGUUUGCCAUUGAAUCGUCGCGCUUCAAACCGAUCUCAGCUGGUUGUGCUUACUGUGCCUGUGUGGUUGAUGGAACCGCCUACUUCUGGGGCUCCAGUGGUAUUCCCACCUAUUACAGCGCCCAAAAGUCAACGGAGCCACCAGAGCCGGCACAUGCUGUGAAAAGCCUGGAGCUCCUCUCCCAGCUCAAUUUGCAAGUGCAUGCCAUCAAGUGUGGGCGACAGCAUACACUUAUUCUAACAAAUAAUGGGCUUUACUCGGUGGGCAAUAAUAAUCUCUGCCAGCUGGGUAUCGGCCGGCAUAUGCAAAUGGCCUUGCAGCCCAUGCUGGUGACAGCCUUGGAUGGCAUGAAUGUAACCAUGCUGGAGGCGGGCCAAUAUCACAAUGCAGCUGUGGCCGAUGGCAAGCUUUAUAUGUGGGGAUGGGGCGUAUAUGGUCAGCUGGGGCAGGGAAGUUGCGAAAACAUAGCUAAACCACAACUAGUCAGUUUCUUCAAGUUUAAGAAAAUUUUACAAAUAUCGCUGGGCCAUGCUCACACCCUGGUGCUGUGCGGGGCAUCCAGCAGCUAUAUGGAGUCCAGCGGACGCAGCACAGAGCUCUUCGUUUUCGGCUCCAAUCACUUUGGUCAGCUGGGCACCGGAAAUAGCGACCAGGUCGUCGACACCAAGACGAAUCUGCCAGUGCGCCUGGAUGUGGGCGACGGCAGCCUAAGACUGAUACACACCAAAUUUUUUACCAAUUUAGCUGUAGACGACCAGGAACGUCUGUAUACUUGGGGAAGCUCGCCGCAAGCCUUGCGCCUGGCCAAUCAAAUCAAGAGACGCGCCAACGCCAAGCAGAAGCUGGAGGAGAAUCAUCAACGCGAGAUGCUAAGCAAGCAAUUGGAGGCUACUCUGCUGCCGGCUCCUUCCACUGUACCCAGCGCUACUAGCAUUGCGGUGGAACCCACUACAUCCUAUGCGGCAGUGGUGGCUGGGGCCACCCCGAAGGCCUCCAGUGGUCCAGAGACCAAAGAGGAGCAGGGUGAGAAUGAGGCUGUGCCAUCAGAUGCUACGGAAACCAUUGGUUCGGCUUGUAAGCGAGGAGUGGAAAUACUUAAUCCUGUUCCGCCGCCUGCUCCGGCACCAGGACUGGCCGAACCCGAUCCCACGGAGCACUUAAGUCCGCAUUUGGUGGACACCAGUGAGGUGGCAGGCCAAAUUCUGCAGAUUGCUAGUGGCCUGUUCCAUUUCUGUUUGAUCUCGUCCAGCUGCACGCUCUACACGUGGGGCAAGAACCUGGAGCACCAACUGGGCACUGAGGACAAGGAGCGCCGUGCCGUGCUAAAGCCCUCGCCCAUCGACAGCAUAGAGCGGCCGAUGUACGUGGACUGUGGAGCAGACUUUACGCUGGUCAUGACCACCGAUCAUAUAGUGCGCGCCUUUGGGGGUAACUCUAACGGCCAGUGUGGCCGGGAUCUGGGUGCCAGUCUAGAGAGGAUGCGACAGCGGGUGGUGUGCCUGCCCACAACGAAGCGGCUGAUGCGUUUCGAGAGCCAGUGCGUCGAGGCGCCGGUGGAGAUCAAUCUGCCGAGGCCACGAAUCCGACUGGAUCAGGAUCCAGUGAGGUAUCUGAAGGUCAUGCCGCCCUACCAGCCACACUUCCUGCAGCCGGCCAACAUUAGCUUCGAUCGGGAGUACUCCGUGGGCACUGGCAAUUACAAGAGCAGCACGGAACAGCACGCGGCCACCGGGCAGGACUCGGACGAUAUGCUGAGCAGCCUGGAGAACCUCAGCCAGAACGAUGCCAGCUACUCGUACAAUGUCCCGGUACUGGGCGGCGAUGCUAACAGCUCGCUGGACCUGGACUACACGCCCGAGGAGCAGAGUUAUGUGCCGCUGCCGGAGCAGGGGGGAGGAGGAGGUGGAGUACCCGUCGCAGUGAAACAACAGCUGCUGGGAGAAAAUGAUGACGAUGUUGAUGCCAGCACCUUUACGCCCAGUAGCGAGGGUCUGGAGGAGGCAUCAGUGCAGCAGCUGCGCCACUACAUACACUACUGUCUGUACGCCUUCCACGGCCUGUAUAAUCCCGACAAGAUUGGCGAGUGCGCCCGUCCAAAUCGCAACGAGUACCGCAUUCGGAUCUGUAUGCUCAACUUCCGGUUCGUGGAGGCCUUCCGGCUGUGCCUGCAGAACUGUGACUCCGCCCAGCGCACACUUAAGCUAUUCGAGUACUUCAGCAAGGACACCGGCUAUGUGCCCCUGCGGCGGUCCGACCUGAAGCACCUCAUCUACCACCUGUGUCUGCAUUUCCUGGAGCGCAAGUUCGAUAUGCUCGAGUGCGAACGUUUCUUUAUGGGGGAUCUGGACUACUAUCUGCUGGAGCUGGCCUAUGUCUUCUACUUCAACAACAAUAACUCGACGUUGGAGCAGAAUCUCAACCAGAAGUUCAAGCAGCUGAUGGCAUCGUCGGCGGACGAGCAGCAGCUGCAGGACACCGAUGUCAUCUUUGAUAGCUUUACGGUCAAGUUCAAGACGAUCCUGUGCCAGCGGCUGCUGAGCUACUCGGACGGCAGCGAGGCUGCCAAUUAGCAGUGGCUCUGCCCAGGAGUUCCGUUCCCAGUUCCGGUGUCUUGAAUCCUGGUCUCUUCCGUUCGAUUGUCGUCAUCUGUCAUCUGUCUUGUGUUAAGUGUUUUGUUGUAAGCUCAGUCCGGGAACUGGGGACUCCCCUUAAUGUGUCCCCACUAUAUACACCAUAAUUGUUGUUUGCGGUUAUUUAUAUUGUACAUCAAAGGCUUUUUAUAGCGCUGUUAUUUAAACGAAAUAUUUAAGACAAGCAAAUUGUUUAAAGAAUCCAAUUUUUGUAACGCUUUGUUUGCUGCUUUUUAAUUGUUUACCCAAUAAACUAAAAAUAAAAAUAAAACGAGAAUGUAAUCCAAAACAGAUCAAAAAGGAGGCUCUGCAGGAUAUACACAUA